AUGUCAGCUUCUGAUUCCACUGCGCACUACCAUGCCCUUCUACAAUUCCGAGGAAGAGCGGCAGCACGGCCUGCAGCAGCUGCAGCAGCGGCAGGUCUGGGCCGGAUCGUGCAGGCUGAAGAAUAUCUAUCCCAAGCCCAGUGGACCGUUCUCAAGUCAACUCACUGUAGUAACGCCACCCAUUCUUUACUGCAUCGGAACCUUGGACUUCUCUACAUGGCUAAGGAAAACUAUGAGGAAGCCCGCUAUCAUCUGGCCAAUGAUAUUUAUUUUGCCAGUUGCGCGUUUGGAACAGAGGACAUCAGGACCUCAGGAGGGUACUUCCAUCUGGCCAACAUCUUCUAUGGCCUUAAAAAGUUGGACCUGGCAGACUCACUGUACACCAAGGUUGCUGAGAUCUGGUAUAAAUAUUUAAAUGACCACUAUCAAGUCCUCUCACAGGCCCGCAUCCAACAGAUAGACUUACUGGGCAAACAAUUUGUGAAUGACACCGGCCUGGAUGAAGCCCAGGAAGCAGAAGCCAUCCGGGUCCUGACUUCAGUCUUGAACAUUCGGGAAUUGACAACUGAGAAAGCCCCUCAAAAAACUGUCUUCGUUCUGAAAACCCUGGUCAUGCUCUACUACCUGAUGAUGAAUCCUUCAAAGGCAAGUGAAUAUGCCAUGCAGGCCCUCAGUCUCUGCAGAGAAUAUCAGCUCGAUAUCCAGGAGCAAAGCACCAUUCAGGAGCUGCUGAGUCUCAUCUUAGCUGAAGAAGAUCAACCCAUUACGUAGGGGCCCGUGAGCUGGGCAUCAGAGCGCACUCAAGGGACCGUUGAGCCUCCAAAGUGUUCCAGCCUUGCCUGGCUGCUCGGAGGCACUUUUUGUUGACGUGUUCACCUUCUUCCCUGGGGCCUGCACGCAGAGCUGUAGCUUUAUUCUGACACAGCCUCUCUGUGGGAGUAGAGCUUUAGGCACAGAAAGCAGUAAAACUCACAUGGAUCGUGACCUUUGCAGGUGCUUAUCAUGACUUUUUACGUCUUCCAGUCACGUGUAGUCAGAUCACUAGCCACGUAUUUACAAUUGACUUGCAAAUACAGAAGUCUCCCAGGAAUGCAUGUUGCACAGCUGUUUUCUAAAUGAGGAGGUAG